AUGGACAGCAUGGACAGCAUGGACAGCAUGGACAGCAUGGACAGCAUGGACAGCAUGGACAGCCGCAACCUGCGAGCGCCCCUUGUGCUUUUGCGACGGGCUCCUGUUCUCGGCUACCUGUGUUUCUCGACUGCCGUGGGUUCAAAUGAGGACAUGGGCAUUAUUCUGCAUGGCUGA